UCACAGUGGGCAGAGGACGAAAGCAGCCGCGGCUGCCUUGGGAACCGUGCAGCCUCUUCUCCGCUCCCCCUCGCUGGACAGACGUGCGGAACAGCUCCGUGGGGCAGCCCCGGGUCGCUGAGCGGCGAGGGAGUUCCGUCCUUUCCCACUGCAGGGCCGCAGAGACCGAAGGCGGCAUCCACAGCUGUCACACCUGAACGUCCGCUGCUCACCGGCCGCGCACAGAGGAAUAUGUGGGUGUGCAUGUCCAACUCCUAGUCCCUUUCUCGGUGGCAGGCCGUCAAAGCCGAAUCCGAACUUGAAUUCUGUGCAGCUGAUUGCAGAGCUGUCUUGACGCCCUGAGGUCCCGGAUCCGCGACAGAGAUCGACUGUACCCCGGAGACGAUCUUUUUCUCACCGAGGCUACCAGUUUCAGAGACUGGAAAUGAAAUAAAGGGACGCCCUUGUUCCUGAGCUCUUUCCCCACUGAGAUAGGAGGAAGGCGGAUCCCUCCUACGCCUGCAGAUUAGGCUUUUCCAAAAAGUCCGAACAUCUUGUUGUAUUCAGAUACGCGAUCGUCGUCGGUCAUGGCUAGCAUCAUUGCACGCGUGGGUGACAGCCGGCCGCAGAACGCACCCUUGCCUCCGUGGGCUUAUUCUAUGCUGAGAUCCCUGGGGAGGAGUCUUGGUCCUUUAAUGGCCAACAUGGCAGAGAGAAACACGAAAUUGUUCUCGGGGAGGGUGGUGCCAGCCCAGGGGGAAGAAACCUUUGAAAACUGGCUGAUCCAAAUCAAUGGGGUCUUGCCAGAUUGGAAUACGUCCGAGGAGGAAAAGCUCAAACGCUUGCUGAAAACCCUUAGGGGCCCCGCCCGUGAGGUCAUGCGUUUGCUCCAGGCGGCCAACCCCAACCUAAGUGUGGCAGAUUUCUUGCACGCAAUGAAAUUGGUAUUCGGGGAGUCUGAAAGUAGUGUGACUGCUCAUGGUAAAUUUUUUAACACUCUGCAGGCACAAGGGGAGAAAGCCUCCCUUUAUGUGAUUCGUUUAGAGGUGCAGCUCCAGAACGCUAUUCAGGCAGGGAUCAUAGCUGAGAAAGAUGCAAACCAGACUCGCCUGCACCAGCUCCUUUUAGGGGCUGAGCUGAAUGGGGACCUGCGCUACAGGCUGAAGCAUCUUCUCAGGAUGUACACAAAUGAGCAGGAGCGUCUUCCCAAUUUCAUGGAGUUAAUCAAAAUGAUAAGGGAAGAAGAGGAUUGGGAUGACAAUUUUAUUAAAUGGAAGCGGGCCAAAAGAUCUGAGUCAAUGGUGGAGAGGGCAACCAGCCCAGUGGCAUUUCAGGGCUCCCUACCAAUAGUGAUCAGCAGUGCUGACUGCAACGUGAUAGAGAUAGAAGAUAGUCUUGAUGAUUCAGAUGAGGAUGUGAUCCUGGUGGAGGCUCAGGACCCCCCACUUUCAUUCUCAGGUUCUCCCUCCAGAGGCAGAGCCAGGCCUUGGGAUCAAGUGCUAGUCAUUGAUUCCCCCAACACUUCCCAGGCUCAAUCUCCUUUGACCAGUGGGGGUUCUGAGUAUAAGAAUGGUGGUCCUGGGGAUAUGCGUAGAGCCAGGAAGCGAAAAUAUGUAAUCCGCUGUUCACAUUGUGGCGAGGUGGGCCACUCAAAGGAAACCUGUGACAAUGAGAGCAACAAGGCCCAGAUGUUUGAAAAUCUGAUUGUCACCCUGCAGGAACUGACACAUACUGAGAAGGAGGAGUCACGUGGGACCCCUGAUGAGCUCAACGACAGUGAAGUGCUAGCCCCCAGCCUUAAGUGAACCCUAAACUAUAUUCAGAAUCCAGCGAUGGGCAAACUGGGGAGGGGGGAAGCCCACUUCUAACUGCAUGACUUAAUCCACAAAGCGGCUUUCUUUUGGGGUGGAGGAGAUAGGGUGUUGGAUACCAGCACAGUGGUCAGACAUGGCCUGACCUCUGUCCUUGCUCCCCCACCCCCACCCCUGCUGCCUAGCAUCUAUUUUCUGUGUGUGCACAUUUCCUUGAUGGCUUUAUUCUCUUUGUGAAAGUGGUAUAAUUCACUGUUAAAUCUUCAAACAACAAAGUACAAAAAGUAAAGUACAAAUUACCCCAAACCCUCUACUGUUAUAUAACCAUCAUUAACCCUUUGAUGAAUGUCCUACGUAUUUCCCUAUACCUGUGUACCCAGAUAGAGAUAUGUAUAGAUAAAAGUGAUCAAAUGUAAGUGCUGUUCUACAGUCUGUAUUUUUUCACCAAACAAUAUAUGUUGUGGGCUUCUUUCUAUGUCAAUAAAUAUAUAUCAGCAUCUA